AUGCGUCACGCGCGCAAGUGGUCGGAGCUGGUGGACAAGGGUCGGUAUCCGGACUGGAUGAAGAAGCGCGACGAGAUCAUUACAGAUAUAGAGACUAAAGAUUGGAUUUUUAGGGAGGCGGAAAUCGACGAGCUACAAUCGAUUCGUCAAGCGCUCCUUCACAAGUUACAAGCGGAACAAACGCAGAAGACGACAACACGCACCACCACAAAAUUGGCAAAUCUGUGGAUAAAUAAGAAAAGCGAUAUGGAAGCGAGGAUAGAAACUAUCCGACGCACCAGGGAUAGAGAGCUUCGGAAGCUAUCAUCGAACCGAUCUCUCGGCGCAUGCGCAGAGCGCGCGCGGGCGUCGCGGGCGGCGCGCGGCGGCGGGCCCGCCUCCCGCGCCGCGCGCGACCCCGCGGCCGACGCCCGCGCGCCGCGCGCCCGCCACGGCUACCAGGCCAGCAGGAGGCAUGCGGAGAUCGUGUACGAUGCCAGUUUGAUUGUGUUAGAAGACCACGCCCACCUCGCAGAGCCACCGGCUUGGCUCGAGCAAUGCGGGCAAAACCUCAAAAAGAGCUGCUCCGGAGGACAUAUCCCGCGGGAUAAGACGCAGCUCUGCGAGAGAGAGACCAAGUGGAGUGAGCAGUUCCUGGAAAACUUGCAUAAUGAUUUGAAGAAGGCUCGUCUUGGAGCCGCAUCAACAUCGGCUGGUCCUCUCCGAGUCCUCAAACCUCGCCGCAUCCAAGCGACCCCCAGACCCUCGACCCCGGAGGUGGAGUCAGUGCCUGAUGAUGAAGAAAUCACUCAUCAGUCAGCGUUGAUGAUGCAAAAAGUCUUUAAAGGUCGUGCCGUUCAGAAUUUGAUGUACGAGGGUCGAACAAGAGCAGCAGAACUAACAGAAGAAUUGAAGACGACUCACGGCCUUCAGAAAGAAGACAGAGCUCGGAUCGCUAAAGAAGAAUCUAAAGCCAGAGACUAUAAUGAAGUCAGGUCUGAAAUGGAACAGAAGGAAGCAGCAAUAUCGUCGCUGGUAGAAGAAUUAUGUGGAGGGGCAGUUUCUUCUGCGCUGGACUUCUUGGAGAAGGAGCUGAGAAGGUUGAAAGAAGAAAGGCGGCAGCAUGCCUUCAUUCUCAUUGCCAUUCGUGAGAAAACAAUGCGAGAAGCAGCAGAAGCUGGACGCAGACAGAAAGAGGAGCAUCGCAGAAGAGAACACGACGAGAUGUUCAAACAUGUGCUGGGAGUGACCCAAGAGACGGUGGACGCUUACCUGCAGGACGUCGCGCGCGAGGCGUCGGCGCUGGCGGCGGAGCGCGCGGCGGUGCGGGAGGCGCGCGCGGGGGCGGGGGCCCUGGGCCGGGGGGCGGAGGCUGCUGGAUCUACAGCAGAACAGAACGAGGUGGUAGCGGAACUGGUCCAGCAGUUCCUCCUUCCAGCAGCACAUAAAGAAGCUUCCAGAAGCAAAGUGUCAGCGCUGCAAGCGGCUGGACUGCGAGCUGCGAGGAGCGCCAUAUUUGGUAUUGUGGAUGAUGGUGUUGGGAAAGUAGAGAAAUGCAUACGUUGCGGGAAUCUCCUCGAUGUCGAUUGUAACUGUCAAACGUGCCCCGUACGAGUGAAGCCGGUGGAGACCACGUCCAGGGACGACCCUCGAUGGAAACACGCUAGAACCGUCGAGAUAUCUCGGUAUCUCCGCAAAGAGGAGGAAGCGAUCACGCGAGACAUCUCGCACGCGCUGCGACACAGAACAGAGAUGGAGAUAGAAGUGAGAGAAGCGAUUGGCGAGUUAAUAUCUCGGGCUACCGGCGAAGUAACAGCUGUAAAGCGACCCGACUAUCGACACUAUAUGAGACGCAUUUACGAAGAUGCCUUGGAAAGAAGCGAGCACUACCAACCAGAUACUUCAUGUCCUAAACUCCUUCCUUCUGAGUUAAGAAGGAUAAGAGAAGAUGAAGAAGCCAAGAAGGACCCGUACUGCCACUGCGAGGAGACCAAAAACAAAAUUAAAUUCGGACCCGAUAUGCCUCAAGAUAAAUCGAACUUGCUUCCCUCCGAGCUGAGGAUUUUAGAAGAUUUUCGACGCUGCAAGUGCGACACUACCCCUUCACCGAGUCCAGUCAAUAUCGAAAGUUCAUCCACAGAAGAGUACACUGCUUCAGAAGACUCUAACAUCUUUAAAGAAGAAUAUGAACAA